AUCCAGGAAACCAGGGGUUUAUUCCCAGUCUGGGGAGCUCAGUGCUGUCCCAGGCUGACUCCACCUGCAGGGCUUGGUCCCUAGGGUGCCCACGUCCCUGCCAUCUCCUAGCAACAGGGACUCUUGUCACUGAGCCAGGGGAUUCCGUGCUGGGCUGGGGCUGGAUGGCAGCACCUGGUCCUUGCAGUGUCUCGGCUGCUCUUCAGGAGCACCUGAGGCACCUGACUCUGCAGGACUUCCCCUGUGGCCUUGGCAGCUGGAACAAGUCCCGCUUUGCUGCACGCAGGAGCCCCCAUGGAGGCCAGCCAGGGCUGUGGGCAGACCCAGCCAGGCAGGAGGAGGAUGUGCCACUGGGUGAGGAGAGCCCCGAGGCACUGAUAGAGCUGCUGAAGGACAGACACAGCCCCUGGGCCCUGCCACCGGGCUGCAGCCCCCAGGACCAGCUCCUGCGGGAAGUGGCCGUGCUGGAGCCCAAGCUCGUCCAUGGCUCCAACGUCUUCCAGGUCCUCAGGUCCCUGCGGCUCGUUGACAAGGGAUUGCAGCAGCUGGAGGAGCUCAUCCUCAGUGCCAACCACAUCAGUAGGGUAGACUCGGCCAACCUGCCCCAGACUCUGAAGGUUCUGGAGCUCUGCUGCAAUGCUGUGGCUGAUCUGCAGGACCUGUGUGCUCAGCCUCCUCCGGAGCUUCAGCACUUGGGGCUGGGCUACAACAGGCUGUGCGGACCUUUGCAGGACAAGUGCCUCACUGCAGCCUUCUGGCCAAAUCUUGUCUCCCUUGACCUGAGCUUUAACAACUUAACAGAUCUUCUGGGGCUGGUCUCCCAGCUGUCCAGUCUGGAGAAGCUCCGCAUCCUGGUGCUGAAAGGGAACCCGCUGGCUCUCAUUCCCACUUACAGGGGCUUCCUUGUGGACAGCCUGCCCAAGCUCUCCGUCCUUGAUGACAUCCAUGUAGGGUUUGAUGAGAGGCACCAGUUCCUUGGUUUGGCAAGUCAGCCAGAGCUGAUGAGGAGUGAAGCACGAGUGGUUGUGAGUGUUGGGGACAUGAAAGGAGUCCCUGAUCCCAGCACUCUUCAGGAGCUGGCAGAUGAUUCUGACUUCCCAGUGAUCACCUACAGCUACUGUGUGACAUAUGAGUUUGUGGAGGGAGAGGAGUUUGACGAUGGCAGCAGCGCUGAGGUAACAAAAAUCCAUGAGAGUCUCGAGGGGGCCACCUUGGAUGCGGACAGCUCUGCUCAGAACACAGGAGAAACAAAGAACCAGCAGGAGCCUGCAGCCACAGAGGAACCCAAGGCCAGUUCUACAAAGGUGUUUGUCACCCCUGGAAAGCCCUGGGAAGAUGCCAUUGACUGCAGCUACAGGAAGGAGCAUAUUGUUAAGGACUUAAUGGGGCUGAAGUCCUACCUGGCGGCUGGAACAAUUGUCUCUGUUGUGGAGGAGAAGGUGCUCUCAUGGCCUGUUGAAGGUGAUCCAGAAGAGAACAUAGACAGAAAUAAGAAGGCAGGAUGGAGGCAGCAGAAGGAUGGUGCCAGGGGUCCUGUGCACAAGGACAAGCAGAAAAAGAAGAAGAAGGCAUGUGAAUUCCGCAGUGACCCUCCCAUUCGGAAGACCCUGGCCACCAGGAAGGUGACCCUGGAGGCUCUGCUGGCCACUGAGGACCUGGUGACAGCUCUGUGUGACUUUGGGAUCCUGAUCACUGAAAAACCGCCACAGCCACCAAGUGUGGAGAAGGUAAGGAGCGUGUUCUGGGGCGCAUGAGGCAGAGCUGCCAGGGAUGGGCAGUGCUGCAGGGUGGGAAUCAGCAUAUCCCGGCCUGGGCAUCCCUCACAUGCAUCCCCCAGUUCUCCUCUCCAUAAAAUGGGGCUGAAAUAGCCCUGCUUGAACACCAUCCAUUGAUGCUGGUAUCCUUACUUAGUGUUGAUCUUAGCAGUAAGUACUGCUACUUUUUCUGGGCCUAGGAAAAUAGGUGAGUUUAUUUUUCCACUUGAGAAUAUGAAAGCAACCCCUCAUGCUUCCUCUGAUGCUCUCUCAGCGUGGCAGCACACACCAACUCACACUUUCUAUUUCUUGGAUUCUCUUCUCUGAGCAUCCCCUCUGCUGUGCUUCUGCUUCCCCUCUCCUCUUUCCUCCGCCCUUUAAAUCCCUGUGACUGAACCCAGAUGGUGAUGGCAGUCACAGGACUGAAUGCGGGUAGUGAGUUUCAUCACAGCCUAACUAUGGAAACGCCUCUCUCCACAGGGCAAGAAGAAAAGCAAAGACAAGAGCAAAACCCCCAAAGCAGAGAGUAAAAGUCAGGCCAAACAGAAAGCUUCAACAUCUGCCAAAGGUGACAGAGACGGGGGCUGGCUGGGCAGAGGGUGGUGAGUGUGAGAGCAAACAGCAGCAGUGCCCAGCCCAGAGGCUGGUCCCAGCACCCUGCCAGCUCUGUGAGCAGGGUGCUUACUCACAUCCUGACCUCCGGACUGUGAACACAUUUAUUGACUGUGGGGCUGUAAGGUUUGACACACACCCGGACACGUUGAAUCCAAGUCUGAGCAACUGUCCUGGAGCAACACACACCUACAGGCUCUGAGUGCCAGGGGAGAAGGGCAAAGCAAAUUCUUGGGUGAGAGAUGUGGUGCCUGCUGUGUUGGCUGCCAAAUGUGACUGGUGGUGUGGGCUGGCGCGGGCAGCUGGGGCCAGUGCUGUCUGGGAUGCAUAAUGAGGUCCUCAUCCAUUUCCAACUCACAUCUCACAACACUUUGCAGAGGGGAUUAUUCUUUCUGGUUUAGAGAUGAGAUGCACAGAGAAGCACCAGGUUGCCCCAUGGUGGGGCUUGGAGCAGACCCCAGUCUGCUGUCACCCAUGAAAAGACCACCCUGACCCCUGAGGGGUGUCCCCUGCCUCCUCAGUGCAGAGCUCAGCAUCUGCUCAGCCAGCAGCAUUGCUUAAUCUGUGGAGACAAACCUCACCCUGCCUCUUGCAGGUUAUUUUUCCAGCAAUCUUGUUUUGACUACAAAAAUAGCAGUGCCAGCACAUCAGAGGGCUAAUGCAAGAGCAGGAGGAAGUGGGGGAGGGCAAUGGUGAAAAGCUGCUGAUGGGUCAAGGGGAGCAUGGAGCUGGUCAGGCCUCCUGUGUCCCCCUCCUCUGGCAUCAGAUUUAGUUGCUAAUUUAAGGGUGAAAUUAACCCCUUCCCCAAAGCCCCAGGCUGCUUUUCUGUGCCUUGUUACUCAUCUCGGGGGGGCAUCUGCAGUCCUAGGCUGUGUCUGUGCUCAACAAAGCCUGAUGGGCUCCCUAGCUACCUGAAAAGAAGGUAAAACUCUCUGCGUCAUUGUUCCCUAUAAGAAAAUGUGUAUUUGCAGUAUAUGACAGGGAGUUGCUGUCAAAGAGCUGAAGUUUAGCAAUGGUGUUUUCUACUUCCCUUCCACCCCCAGUGCCUGUGGUCAGUGUGCAUGCAGGAGGUCUUCAGGUUGUUCCUUCAGCCUGAGUGAGACCAAACCCUUGUGCAGGGGUUGCGAGGCUGGGGGUGGUGGUGGGUGCACAGAAAGCUGCUGUUGACGCAGGAAACCCAGAGUGAUUAGAGGCUCAUGCUUAAUUUGGUGUCCCCUUAUGCCUGUGCAGGGGGAGGCUGGCUGCAGCACGGCCACUGAGUACUAUUUCAGACAGUGCCUAAAAGCCAUCUGCCUCCCCCAGCUUGUGACAUCCGGCGCCAGCAGCAUCCCACAGUGUGCACUCUGCUGUCACUCGCUAUGACACCCCGAUUGUGGCUGGGGGGCCCUGGCUGCUCCAUGAGUCACCACACUGCACCGUUUGGCACUUGUUCAUCACCUGGGUACCAUGGACCACCUUGGAUCUGUGGCCAUGGCUACGCUUUGGGGCACUGGGGCUGGGUCCCAGCCCUCCAUCCACUGUGGCUGCGCAUCCAACCAGGCUGCAUAAGGACCAGCACUCGCAGCCGGGAGCUGGGGCUGAUUUGCAUCCCUCAGGCAGUAAAU